AUGUUCACCUCGUCGUCUGCAUCAUCGUCGUCUCGUUCUUCCUCUUUUCUUCUUCGAAAUCAUCCCGGAGGAGGAAAGAAUGAUGUUGGAAGAUGCUUUUUGAAAAAAACGCGUGGCUCUCGUUCCACGUCGUCUUUUACGAGAAGACAGUUAAGAAGAAGAGGAAACAACAACAAAUCCAUCGCGAUAACAGAGUGCGUGACGGCGAAAACAGCCUUAAAAGAGUGGUCGAAAACGGAGAAAGCGAUCGAACGAGGCGAACAAGUCUUGUUAUUCAGAAAAGGAGGGAUCAACGACAACAACAACGGUGGGUUUCAGAUUUUGGAGAAUCAGUUUGUCAUAUUCCCGACGUCGUUUCAUUCUGCCAAUAAUGGGGGCGAAAGCGACGCAAUGCCCGAUAUGAAGAAAGGCGACUCGGUGCCAUUUUCGAUCGUCUGUCGAAUAACUCGAGCGUGGCAAACCUCCGAUAAGAGCGUGAUUAAAGCUUUGGAGAAAUUUCACGCGUUGCGAGAGGAUGAAAUCGUAUCUCGGGUGAAUUAUAAACCGAACGAACCGUAUUCGAUUUUAGAGGUGCGAGCGUACGUGUUGCCGAAGGACGAGUACGCGUUACCGGCGGACGUGGAGAAGUACGGCGGUUGUAAAUCCUGGAUUGAAAAACUCCCGUUUGGAAUUCCAGACACAACCACGCUCCCUCCUGUGCUCGAUCAGAGAGACUGGUUGAUUUCUCAAUCCGACUUAAAACGGAAGCUUGAGUUUCUCGUGGCCACCGGCGUCGAGAUCAAGGAGUUGCCCAUAUAA